UUAUAUUAUUAUUUGUUGAAAGAUUUAUUAUUAUAUUAUUUAUUUGUUCAUCUUCCUUUACAAUUGUCAGCCUUUAACCCUCGAAGAAGUUUCCCCAGUCCCCACCAACGAAUUUUAGUGGGAAGAAAACAGAAAAAGGAGUUGUUAUCCUUCUCCUUCCGAUUCAAAUUCCAAAUCCAAAUCCUAAAGCAUCAAAGACAAGAAGAACAAAUGGAAAAGGCAAAGCCUUCUUCAAGGCAUUUUCUUCUCUGAUUUGCUCAUUCAAGAAUCUCUCAAUACUAAAGCAAACAAACCAAACCCCGAACCAUACUCUCCAAAAUUCUCUUCAAUUCAUAUAUAUCAGUAUACCACAAUGAUCUUGAUCAUCAUCACUCUUCAUUGCGCUCUACAACCAUGGCCAGUACCAGCGGCACGAAGAGGCAGCCGCCGCCGCCGCCUCCGCUGCCGCCGUUUGCGAGGUUGAUCUGGUCUAAGGAACCGAAGAAUGAAGAUUAUAACAUUCUUCCAUUUGAUGAUUCACCAAUUAUGAAGCUUCCUGAGAUUAAGGUUGCUGUUGAAGCUGUUAGUCAAAUGGAGAAUCUUCCAAUCAUUGAAGGUGUUGUUGAAAAAGGCAUUUUUAAUUGGCUUUCUUCUCUUUUUGGAUUUCAGAAAGCGAAUGCAGCAAAUCAGAGGGAGCACUUAAUAUUGCUACUGGCCAAUAUUUAUACAAGGAGGAAGAAUCUCAGAGAUAAUGAUGAGAUUGCAGCAACUACAAAGAGCAUAGAGCGAUUGAAAAAUGAUUUUUUCAACAAUUAUGAAUUAUGGUGUAAAUAUAUGCAUCUUCAAUCACAUAUAAGGAAUCAUGAAAGGUAUACAGAAGCAAAGCAAAAGCAACAGCUACAUCUCAUCUACAUUGCACUCUAUCUUCUCAUAUGGGGUGAAGCUUCAAAUAUUAGAUUCAUGCCUGAAUGCAUUUGUUACAUCUUCCAUAAAAUGGCAAAUGAUGUUCAUCAAGUUUUAUCUAGCACUGACACAAUCCAAAAACCAGCUGACAGUUUUUUAAGUACUGUUAUAAAACCUAUUUACCAGAUCCUACUUGAGGAAGCUGAAAAAAAUAAAGGAGGCAAAGCAAGCCAUUCUCUAUGGAGCAACUAUGAUGAUCUAAAUGAGUGCUUUUGGUCUAAAAAGUGUUCUUCUGAGCUACAUAAGCAAAAAGAAGGGAUGCCAUUGCCACCUGCAGAUAAGAUUCUGAACCAAUUUAUUUUUGGAAACCGAUGCAUUGUUGGAAGGAGGAAGCCAAAAAUUAAUUUUGUUGAAGUCCGCACAUUUUGGCAGCUUUAUAGAAGUUUCAACCGAAUGUGGAUAUUCUUCAUAAUGGCUUUGCAGGCUAUGAUAAUUGUUGCAUGGGCGCAUUCUGGAUCUAGUGUUGCUAACAAUGAAGAUGUCUUAAGAAGAGUAUUGAGCAUUUUCAUUACUUAUGCUAUUCUUAGUUUCUUGCAAGCUAUUCUGGACAUAAUUCUCAGCAUCCAUGCUUGGAGGAGCUCUGAACUUAUGCAACUAUUGCGCUAUAUUCUGAGAUUGGCUGCGGCAUCUAUCUGGGUAGUAGUUUUGCUGGUAGGAUAUUCCACUUCUGUGAAGAAUCCGACAGGACUGAUGAAGUUCUUUAGCCGCUGGGCCGGGGAUUCAUAUAAUCAGUCAUUGUAUAAUUAUCUUGUUGUACUUUAUUUGAUACCUGAUGUACUGGCUAUUAUACUAUUCUUGCUUCCACCGUUGAGGGAAAAAAUGGAGCUAUCAAAUCGGCCAAUAAUUAAUAUUGUUAUGUGGUGGGCUCAGCCAAAACUUUAUGUUGGAAGAGGCAUGCAUGUGGGAAUCUUUUCAAUUCUAAAAUAUACAAUAUUUUGGAUAUUGGUGCUAAGUGUCAAGCUAGCAUUCAGUUACUAUGUUGAGAUACUGCCACUUGUUCAACCAACGAAGGUAAUUAUGAAGAUAGAUGUUGCUGAGUACCUGUUGCAUAAGUUUUUUCCAAUUGUAAAGCACAAUAUGGGAGUCAUUAUUGCAAUAUGGGCUCCAAUUGUCCUAGUUUAUUUCAUGGAUGUUCAAAUAUGGUACACCAUGUUUUCUACUCUAUUAGGUGGCGUUCUAGGAGCCUUCAGACACUUGGGUGAGAUUCGAACGAUUGGGAUGUUGCAGUCCAGAUUUGAUUCUAUGCCUUCAGCUUUUGACCGCUGUUUUGUGUCACCAUCAGGCUCCGAUGCAAAGACAAAAGACUGGCGUACUUCAAAAGAACCAAAGAACAUGAAAAAGUUUUCUCGGAUGUGGAAUGAGUUCAUAAAUUCCAUGCGAAUGGAGGAUCUGAUUAGCAAUAGGGACAGAGAUUUGCUGCUUUUACCAUCGCCUUUGAGUGAUGAGUCUAUGGUUCAGUGGCCACUCUUCUUGCUAGCCAGUAAGAUUCCUGCCGCAUUAAACGUGGCAAAAGAGUUUAAGGGGAAGGACGAUGCUGAGUUAAAAAAGAUUAUUGGGAGUGAUAAAUAUAUCAAUUCAGCCAUUCUAGAUUGUUAUUACACGCUCAGACAUCUUAUAUAUUGCCUUCUAGAAGAUGAAGAUGACAGGAAGAUUGUAGAGGAGAUCUAUGAUGCAGUCACUGAAAGUUUAAAAAGCAAAAUUUUUUUGCAAAACUUCAACAUGAGUGGUAUGCCCUUACUUGCUGUAAAGUUGGAGCAGCUCCUAAAGAUCUUGAUGGUUGAUUAUGAGAAUGAUAAAGUAUUCAAGGCUCAAAUAACCAUUGCCCUCCAGGAUGUUAUGGAGAGUAUAAUGCUUGAUGUUAUGAUUGAUGAUAAAUCUACUCCAAGAAGAGAUCAGAAACGUGAUCAAAUCUCUCAGAAGUACAAAAAAAAGCAAAGAUUUAAAAAGAUACAUACUAUUGAUGCAAAAAACAAAUUCUGGAGUGAAAAGGUCAAUAGGCUUCAUUUGCUUUUGACUGUCAAGGAAUCUGCUACAGAUGUGCCUCAGAAUUCAGAGGCUCGUCGUCGAAUCACUUUCUUUGCCAACUCCUUAUUUAUGAAUAUGCGACGUGCACCAAAAGUCAGUAACAUGCGUUCCUUCAGUGUUUUGACUCCGCAUUACAAAGAAGAUGUUCUUUACUCUGAUAAAGAACUUAAUAAAGAAAAUGAGGAUGGGGUAUCAAUUUUAUUUUACCUGAAGAUGAUAUAUCCAGAUGAAUGGACCAAUUUCCUGGAGCGUAUGAAUUACAAACCUAAUGAGGAGGAUAUUCGUAAGUGGGUGAGUUACAGAGGACAGACACUCUCUAGAUCAGUGCGAGGGAUGAUGUACUACAAGAAGGCUCUAGAAGUUCAGUGCUCCAUGGAAUCCGCUGAUUGUAAUGCUAUUUUAAACGAGCAGGAUGGUAUUCGAGAGAAAGCAUUACCUGAUUUGAAGUUCACCUAUGUUGUUUCUUGUCAGAUAUAUGGAGCCCUCAAAAGUUCAAAUGAUCCUCGUCAAGAGGAUAUUCUAAAUCUCAUGCUAAUGUAUCCAUCACUGCGUGUUGCUUAUAUUGAUGAAAUAGAUGAGACUGUGAAGGAAAAAACUGAGGGAAAAACUCAGAAAGUUUAUUACUCUGUUCUUCUCAAGGGUGAUACAAUCAAUAAUCGUGAAAGAGAAAUAUACCGUAUAAAACUUCCAGGUCCUCCUACAAAAAUUGGUGAAGGGAAACCUGAAAAUCAAAAUCAUGCCAUUAUAUUUACUCGUGGAGAAGCCUUGCAGACUAUAGACAUGAACCAGGACAAUUACUUUGAAGAGGCUUUUAAAAUGAGAAAUGUAUUGGAAGAGUUCCCACAUACCCAUGGCGCGCAAAAGCCUACAAUAUUAGGUUUAAGGGAGCAUGUAUUUACAGGAAGCGUUUCUUCACUUGCUUGGUUUAUGUCCAAUCAAGAGACCAGUUUUGUAACUAUAGGCCAACGCUUUUUGUCAAGUCCUCUGAGGGUGCGAUUCCAUUAUGGUCAUCCUGAUAUAUUUGACAGAAUCUUCCACAUAACAAGGGGUGGCAUAAGCAAAGCUUCAAAAACUAUUAACUUAAGCGAGGACAUAUUUUCAGGGUUCAAUUCAACUCUUCGUGGGGGGUAUGUAACACACCAUGAAUAUAUCCAAGUUGGAAAGGGGCGUGAUGUGGGGAUGAAUCAAAUAUCACUUUUUGAGGCCAAAGUUGCAAAUGGAAAUGGAGAACAAACACUUAGUCGAGAUGUAUAUCGUCUUGGAUGUCGGUUUGACUUCUUCAGAAUGCUAUCAUUCUACUGUACAACAGUUGGCUUCUAUUUUAACAGCAUGGUUACCGUCCUUAUUGUGUAUAUAUUCCUUUAUGGGCGUUUGUACAUGGUUAUGAGUGGACUGGAAAGAGAGAUUCUAGAGAAUCCAAGCAUAAAACAGAACAAGACCCUAGAAGCAGCUUUAGUUACACAAUCUUUCAUUCAAAUGGGAAUGUUAUUGGUACUGCCCAUGUUAAUGGAGAUUGGCUUGGAGAAAGGGUUCCGCACUGCUUUUGGUGAUUUUAUAAUCAUGCAGCUGCAGCUAGCUUCUAUAUUCUUUACAUUCCAGCUUGGAACAAAAGCACAUUAUUUUGGGAGAACAAUCUUGCAUGGAGGUUCUAAAUAUCGAGCUACUGGGCGUGGUUUUGUUGUUCUACAUGCUAAGUUUGCUGAUAACUAUAGGCUGUACUCACGAAGUCACUUUGUGAAAGCGUUGGAACUGGGUCUACUGCUUGUCAUAUAUGAAGUUUAUGGGAAUUCAUAUCGCAAUUCAAGUCUUUAUUUGUUCAUCACCUUCUCAAUGUGGUUCCUGGUUGUAUCUUGGUUAUUUUCUCCCUUUAUAUUUAAUCCAUCUGGUUUUGAAUGGCAAAAAACAGUGGAUGAUUGGACAGAUUGGAAGCGGUGGAUGGGAAUUCAUGGUGGUGUUGGUAUCCAGCCUGAGAAAAGUUGGGAGUCAUGGUGGGAUGAAGAACAAGAGCAUCUCAGAUACACAAGCAUAAGGGGAAGGCUGCUUGAGAUUCUUCUUGCACUUCGUUUUUUCAUCUACCAGUAUGGAAUAGUCUACCACCUUGAUAUAGCCCAUCACAGCAGGAGUUUGCUGGUUUAUGGACUCUCUUGGUGUGCUGUUUUAGUAAUACUUAUCAUCCCAAAGAUGGUAUCAGUACGUAGACUGCAGAUGUUUCAUAUGGACCUGCAGCUACCACUCAGAAUGCUUAAAGGGCUUCUUUUCCUUUUCUUCUUGGCAAUCAUGAUCCUCUUAUUCAAACUAUGUGGCCUCACCGUGUCAGAUUUAUUUGCAUCUAUCCUUGCCUUCAUGCCCACCGGAUGGGCUUUCAUUCUUAUUGGGCAAGCUUGCGGGCCCUUUUUACAUAAGCGAAUCUGGGAUCCAUUAAAGGAGCUGGCCAGAGCAUACGACUUCAUAAUGGGGUUGCUGCUCUUCACACCCAUUGCCAUUUUAUCAUGGCUCCCAUCCGUGUCCGAAUUCCAAACACGAAUUCUCUUUAAUCAAGCAUUCAGCAGAGGCCUCCAUAUAUCUAUGAUUCUUGCUGGAAAGAAAGAUAGAGCCUCCUCUCAUUGAUUUAUCUGCCAUCUGGGUUUUUUGUUAGGACCUACAAAGUUUCUUCAGUGUGAUUAUGCUUUUGGAGAAUACUCAAGCUGUGCCUUGGGUGUCUCCUUCUACCGUCCUUCAGCAUUUUUUUUAUUGUCCCUGAUUGAUGUUUGCCAUCAUGGUUUAUGUGAAACAUCAACUUAGAUAUUUGAUUCUUGUUUUUAUUUAUAAUUUAAUUAGUAUUUG